GUUCAGCACUUCGUUUUUUCUUUUUCCCGGCUAUCAUAUUCCCUUGUAUCUCGUCUGCGAUUCUCCUGCACCUCCCUCUCUUUGAUAGGGUUUGGGCUUUGGAGACCUUCAGUUGAAUCCGGCCGGCUUCUCUUGAGGGAAGACCGAGACGGAGUAAGGAUUUUCUUCUCUCUCAGUUCCUUGCGACUCCGUUCAAUGGUUUACAUUACUUCUUGGGACGAGUUUGUUGAGCGAUCAGUACAGUUGUUCCGCGCUGAUCCGGAUUCGACACGGUACGCUAUGAAGUACAGACACAGUGAAGGCAAGUUGGUUCUCAAGGUUACAGACAACAUACAGUGUCUCAAGUUCAAGACAGACCAGGCACAGGAUGCUAAGAAGAUGGAGAAGCUGAAUAACAUAUUCUUCACACUGAUGGCUCGAGGCCCUGAUGCGGAUAUAUCAGACGUUACCGGAAAAGAGCAGAUGGAAACGCAGGCGACGAAAAGAGGUAGGGGUCGUAAGCAGUAAAUCUAUUAGAUCGCGUCUAUCUGACCAGAAGUAGAGUGUUUGCGAACCUUUUAGCACAGGAUUAGUGAAUUUUGAGAUCAUGAUGCUCUUGCCUCAGUAAUACGAUUGUCAAAGUGAAACCAAUCAUUUCGAAGCACAAUUUCUUUUGCCUGCCGGAUCUAGCCUGUGUGGCUAUCGCAGUAGAGCUAUUCUGAUUUCUAGGCUUUUGUAUUCUCCAUGCUGACAGUGUGAGAACUCUAGGUCGAUUGACAAGCAGAAUCAAUUUCGGCGGCAGAAAUGAUUUUUCUUUUAUUUUUGGUUCAACACUAUCCCUAUUUGAUUAGAUUUUGUAUCGAAUCAAUAAAUG